GAAAGGGAGAAGGAGCUAGCGGUGGUGGUGGUGGUAAACCUAGCAAAUGUCAUUCCAGUGGCAGCAAAAAAGGCUGUGACAAAGAGUGGGAUUAUGAUUUUGUUGUUUCCGGUGAAACAAAAGAUGUGCCCAGGUCAGCAAGAGGAUCUGGACAAACAAAAUCUAAAGCCAAGAUGCCUGGACAAACCCUGAACAUGACUUCAGAGAAUCAGAGGAAGGUGAAAGAACUUCUCCGUGAUCUUCAAGGCCAAGAAGUGACUGCCGGCUCAGAGAUGCCUGUAUUGGAUGACCAGAGCUGUGAUGAAUCAGAUUACUCAGAUGAUGAACAGUACUUAUUCGAUAGCAAAGCAGUUCCCAAAAUGAGUCUGAACACACCUUCCCAAGCACCUGUGAAUCAUGUUCUGGAAAAUGAGGUGUCUUCCUUUGCUGUGCACAAACUUUCCAGGUACGGCUUUGAUAGUGAGCGUUGCCGAGCAGUGCUGAGAUCUCAUCACGGUAACAUUGGGGCUUCCUUGGAGCAUUUGCUAUUUCAGUGCUUCUCAGAAAAAUUUGCAGAAAGGAUGGAGAUCACAGAAAAUGCCACUCUGGCAAGUACUGACAACUGUUUGGAACAAAGGCAAGAAGAGGCUUUUGCCCUCCGUUCCAUCUGUGGAGAGAAAUUUGUGGAAAGAAUUCAGAACCGAGUUUGGACUAUUACAUUAAACUUGGCGUACUUGACAGAGAUUGUCAGCAAGCCCAAGCGAGGGCAAAACACUACCAGCAAUGGUUCAAACCCAGCUUCCCAGGAAAUCUGUAAACAUUACCUCCAAGGAGAUUGCAGGUUUGGAUUAAGAUGCAAAUUCAAGCAUGAGCGUCCACACAAACAAAAAACACUUCCAAGCGUUAGAGAAGAUGCUCAUCUUAGACUUAAUGGUGAUAAUGCUCCCAUUUAUGAACUUGAAAUAAGAUUUCCGGAGGGUAACAAAUACCCUUACCAGCCUCCUCUUGUUGCAUUUUAUUCGACUAAUGAGAACCUGCCCUUGGCCUGUCGACUCCACAUUGCUGAAUUCCUUUAUGAAAAAGCCUUGAUAUCCUCUGAGUGUAAUGAACCAGUUGUCUAUUCUUUUAUAACAUGCUUGGAAGAUGAAGAUGAAGUAAUGAAACUGCUUAGUAAGACGUCCCACAAAUAUAGUGCUCCUCCUCUAGCUUUGAGGAUGUCCUCAGGUAGAAGACAAGAAAAUGUUGAUGAGCGAGGGUUGCCUAAUAGAACAUCUGUUCUGUCACAAAUGUCAGAAGCCAUGGAGGAGUUGAUAAUGGAAGAUGAGGAGGAAGAUCUUCAGACAGUUCACACAGAGGCAGAGAGUUAUGUGAACUUCAGAGAGAAGCUUUUGAAGAAAUAUAGCAGUUCAACAGAACCUGUUUCCAAGGAGAAUUCAAAAAUUUGCAAACAGUUCAGCAUAAAGAAGUCUUCUAGGCGCUACCAGGCUAUGUUGCAAGAACGUCAAAAACUUCCUGCGUGGGAAAAGAAGGAAACGAUACUUCGUUUACUGAAGAAACAUCAGGUUCUGGUAGUGAGUGGUAUGACUGGUUGUGGAAAAACCACCCAGAUUCCUCAAUUUAUCUUGGACUCCUCACUAGAAGGUCCUCCCAGUAAGUUGGCCAACAUUAUCUGUACCCAGCCUCGUAGGAUUUCUGCCAUUUCUGUCGCUGAACGGGUAGCCAGUGAACGAACAGAAAAAGUUGGAGUCACAGUGGGAUAUCAAAUCCGGCUAGAAAGUGUCAAGUCUUCAGCUACCAGAUUGUUGUACUGCACGACCGGAGUGCUUCUGAGAAGACUUGAAGGGGACACUGAUUUACAAGGAGUCACUCAUGUUAUUGUUGAUGAAGUUCAUGAGAGAACAGAAGAAAGUGACUUCCUGCUGCUGAUUUUGAAGGAUAUGAUGUCCCAGAGGCCAGACUUACGCAUUAUUCUAAUGAGUGCUACCCUGAAUACAGACCUCUUAUCGCAAUACUUUAAUUCCUGUCCUGUUAUAACCAUACCAGGUAGGACAUUCCCAGUUGAUCAGUAUUUUCUGGAAGAUGCAAUUGCAUUGACUGGGUAUGUCUUGGAGCAUGGUAGUCCAUACAUGCACAGGACAAAUCAAGCUGCAGGUAAGAAAUCAAGACACUUCAGGACAGCGGCAGAGGAGGUAGAGGAGGACCUACGGCGUGCUGGCUUGGUGGAGAGAGCAGAAACGGUCAAGGAUUCUGUCCCAGAUCAACAGCUAACAUUCCAACAGUUGAAGGUCCGCUACAAAGGCACUAGCUUAUCAGUGUUAAAAACAAUGGCAGCUAUGGAUUUGGACAAGGUUAAUCUUGAAUUAAUUGAAGCCUUAUUGGAGUGGAUUGUCAGUGGCAAACAUUCAUAUCCAACAGGUGCAAUAUUGGUAUUUUUGCCUGGCAUGGAAGAAAUUAAACUGCUGUAUAACAAACUGCGAGCAAAUUCACUUUUCAAUAAUCGGCACAAGAAUUGUUGUGUUGUUUACCCCCUCCAUUCUUCCUUGGCAAGUGAAGAACAACAGUCUGUCUUCCUUAAGCCUCCAGUAGGAACCACUAAGAUCAUCCUCUCUACAAAUAUUGCAGAAACUUCCAUCACCAUCGAUGAUGUGGUCUAUGUGAUUGAUUCAGGAAAGAUGAAAGAAAAAAGGUACGAUCCAAGCAAAGGCAUGGAAAGCCUCGAGGACAUAUUUGUGUCCAAAGCCAAUGCCUUGCAAAGAAAGGGACGAGCUGGCCGCGUAGCCUCUGGGGUUUGUUUCCAUCUCUUUAGUGGCCAUUGUUACAAUCACCACCUUUUAAAGCAGCAGGUGCCUGAAAUACAGAGAGUACCUUUGGAGCAGCUUUGUCUCAGAAUUAAAGUUUUGGAAAUGUUCUCCACACAAAGCCUUCAUUCGGUUUUGUCACAGUUGGUUGAGCCACCAACAUCAGAAUCUCUACGCGCAUCAAAAUCGCGGUUGCAGGACAUUGGUGCCAUAACUUCUGAUGAAAAACUCACUCCAUUGGGGUAUCAUUUGGCUUCUUUGCCUGUUGAUGUAAGGAUUGGGAAGCUGAUGUUGUUUGGUGCCAUCUUUCGCUGCCUGGAUCCUGCCCUAACAAUAGCAGCGAGCAGGUCCCACAAAUCACCUUUCGUUUCCCCAUGGGAUAAGAGAGAGGAAGCAUUCAGUAAAAAGCUGGAAUUUGCAAGAGAGAACAGUGACCAUCUAACUCUACUCCAAGCAUAUAAGGGGUGGCGACUGUCUUCAAAACAGAGCUUUGAGGCAAGUCACAAGUUUUGCAGAGAGAACUUUUUAUCAGAAAAUACUCUUCAGGAAAUGGCCAGGUUAAAAAUGCAGUUUAUGGAAUUGUUAUCUGAUAUUGGAUUUGUAAAAGAGGGACUCCGAGCCAAGGAUAUUGAGAGAAGAUACUCUCAACGGGGGGACAACAUUCUUGAAGUUACAGGAGAAGAGGCAAAUACUAAUGCAGAAAAUCUCAAGUUGAUAUCUGCCAUAUUAUGUGCUGCUCUGUAUCCCAAUGUAGACCAGGUGAGAAAACCAGAAGGGACAUGUCAGAAGUCCAGUAAAGGUGCUGCUAAAAUAAACCCAAGAGAACUGAAGUUUGUGACCAAAAAGGAGGGCUACGUUUACAUCCAUCCGUCUUCUGUAAACUACCAGACGAGCCACUUCAGUAGUCCAUACCUGGUAUACCACGAGAUGGUAAAAACUAGCCGGGUGUUCAUUCGUGAUUGCAGCAUGGUGUCAGUGUACCCACUGGUCUUAUUUGGUGGAGGGCACGUGAAUGUGCAGCUCCAGAAAGGCAACUUUAUUGUUUCCCUGGAUGAUGGAUGGAUUCAUUUUGUUGCAGCCACACAACAGGUGGCAGAACUCAUGAAAGAACUUCGCUGUGAGCUUGACCAGCUACUCCAGGAUAAAAUCAAGAACCCCAGCAUAGAUUUGUGUACUUGCCCUCGAGGAUCUCGUAUCAUUAGCAUGAUUGUCAAACUUGUGACCACACAAUAGGAUCAGUCACUAAUUUGUUGUAAAGCCUGAUCAAAACAAAAAUGACAGAAACAACAGUGACUACCUGUGACUGAUCAAUUGUAGUCCUCUGACUAAAAGCCUCAAGGCAACUAAAGGAAUAGUGAAAGCCACUUUAUUUGAAAUAGUCCUAGGACUGUGAAUAGGAGGGUGGGAAGAAAUAUGUGCUUAGAAUCAUGGUAGAAAAUGAUACCUCAGAGAAGUCUGUAUAUUUUAAUACAAGCUGAAGUGUUCCUUCCAGAAGCAUGUUUCUGUGUAGUAGGGAGUGAAAGAUGGUGGGGAGCUCCAUAAGAGAUACAAGAAAUUUGUUUUAAUUAUUCCUACAAAAUCAUCUCCUUCCUAUUUUUCCCAGCAUUAACUUUUUGCUCCAGAAACGUGUAGUCUGUCAGCUGAGCCUUGCCCUUCUCGAGACAGAAAAGUGUUUGCCACAGAAAAUGGUUGUUUCAUAAACUGUGAUGUGGAUUUGCUCAAGUUUCAAUGAACUUCACCUGAUCUUAAUCUGCUUAAUGUAUUCUGCCCAAAUUAAAAUAAUUAGUUAACUCUUUAGCGAUUUUAGCACAAAAGUGCCUUAUCUUGUCUAUGAACUGGGCAUGGCUCUAAUUUCAGCUGACAUCCACUAGGAGUCGUUAUACUUUCAAGUAGAAUUAAAUUCAGAAAAAGUCCUUUUUAAAAUUUCGAACUGUCUGAAAUACACUUAUCUUCCUUGAAGAUAUAGUGAUGUGCUUUUCUAAAUGUGACACAUGCCAAGAUCCUGUACAAGCCAAGAUCUGUCAAAGUGAAGCUGAAUGUAAUACUGUCACAUCUGUUGGAAUGCUGCCAGCUUGAUUCUAUGUACAAAAUCUUAUGAAUAGAAAAAUGAUUGAAAAAUAACUAAAAGGAUUACUUUAACAGUCUGCUAAGCCUCAUGGACUUAACCUAGUGUGGCUUAAAAGAGUUCUUUCUUUUAUAGAGAAGGGGCACAAAACACUUGCACAGGACGAGUUUGCCAAUUUCAAAACAGAUGUUCCCUGUGAAGACUAUGGCUCACUAUGAUGGAGAGGGAAUGAAAUGUGUAAUUGUAGUACAAACGUGCAAUAUAAUCCUAUACAAGA